AUGUCCAAGUCGUCGGCCAUGUCGCAGAAGCGCAUCGCGCGCGAGCUGCACGACGUCGCCAACAAGUCCGAGCUCCCCCAGGGCUGCACGUCAGUCGGCACCAACCCGGACACAUGGCCUCUCUCAUUCCAUCUUGGCUGACCGCAGGUUCCGAUGGUCUGCACAGCGCUGGACCGGUGUCGGAUCGGUCGGUGCACGAGUGGGAAGCCACGAUUGGUAAGACCCUUUUAAACCCUUCUGAACCGGCCACCGAGGCGCCUCGCCGAGUCAAGCACUGUCAAGCAACUGACCCCCUGCCCCUGCUCCAACCCACGUGCUGAUCCGUUCAACAGAAGGACCGGUCAGUUCAACAGUACUCUACAACUCCCGCUCUGCCCUUGUUCGGCACUGACACCCGACGAAGCACCCCUUUCUCCUCUCCUUUAGCCCGGAUCCGUACGUCGCAUCGACCCAUCACCCAGCGACCAACGUACUGAUCCAACCCAUCCCUACCCUACAGGCCUACGAAGGAGCAUCUUUGACCUGUCCAUCGUCCUGCCGCCGGACUACCCGUUCCGUCCGCCGAGGGUCACCUUCCUCACAAAGGUCUACCACGCCAACAUCAAUACCCAGGGAGGAAUUGUGAGUAGACGCACAGAAAGCAAUCUAAUUGUUUUGACUGAACCCAAAGCUGACACGUUCUUGAACCUCCACACAGUGCCGUCAGUAGCUUCGGAGUCUUUCGUCGAUUUGACCCUUAGCGAGGACUGAGCGUCGAAUCUACAUCUGCUCACAGUCGAUAUCCUCAAGAACCAAUGGUCACCAGCUUUGUGCGUUAUCCCAAGCCUCAGAAUUGCUUUUCAACGUCGUAUCGCUGACUCUCACACAAAAAUACCUUCUCUCAGAUCCAUCAUCAAGUACUUCUCUCCGUGUCGUCCCUUCUGGCGGACCCGAACCCACGUCAGUCCCUACCCCAUAUCGUGUGCCAAACAUGCCUUUUGACAUCGUUCCCUGUUCAUUCAAUUUUUUAGACGAUCCUUUGAUGCCCGAGUAGGUCUCACACCGUAUUCGUAGCGCAAUUAUGGUCGCCGUCUGACGCUCGUUUUUGACGUACAGAUCGCGCAGCGCUUCCUCAAGGAUCGGAAAGGCAUGACAAGACCGUCGGGAAUGGACCAGUAAGCUUCACACUUUCCAAGGCAAUCAUCGAAAGUGUACUCAAGCACCACGACUCACACGAACGAGCUACAUUCACUCAUCCGCAGAGAACACGCACGCCCCAAACCGAUCGAAACGAUCGAACUCGACGAGACCAAGGCGCCCAAAUCCAAGAGCAAGCAGCCUAUCGAGGUCAUCACAUCGACUGAUUGGACGUUGGAUCGUCGUUUGUCGUUCCAGUUUGCAUCCUUUUCGGACAUUUCUUGCAUCCCUUCGUUGCUUUACGUAUCCUCUUUUGGCCUUUGUCACUUGUACCACCCUUGCGCGAACCCUUUUUGCAAACUAUCGAUCCCUGUCAUCUCUCUCCUUGCUUUGCGUGUCGUUGUACCUUCGUGGGCAUGGGGUCACCUUUUCGCGAUAAUUGGGUACGAUAAUGAUAUUCCUUCCAUCCACUAA